GUCUCACAAGCAUGCGCCCUCUUCUCAUCGCACUACGGCUUCUGGGCAGCCAGCCACAAUCGCGUCCGCAUGGGACCCCGAACUCUGAAACGCAAGAUCCUGCCACACCCCGUCGACCCGUCCUGUUCCUCGAUUUGCGUACGUGCUCUCAUCAACAACAAAGAGCGCCUCAUCGGCCAUGUCUUUGCCAGUCAAUGGAAGAUAUCCUGCGGUGAGGGAGAGUGGGUGCAUGUCGUCUGGAUCACACAACUGGUCGUCUCGCAGUCCUAUCGCCGCCUCGGCAUUGCCACGACGUUGAUCCAGUACGUGCAGGAUACAUUUCGCGAUUGGAGAUAUGCAGGCGUGUUGAGUGCUCACCCUGCUGCUAUUCAAGCCGUGGGCCGAGUGUUCGGAACGGGGGGCGGCGGCGUCGGACUCGUGGAGCUGGAAGAUACGAGGCGGUUCGCGAAAGAGGUCAUGGAGAGCGCGCCGGUGGAGUAUGUCCGAAAGGCGGAAUUGCGAGGGAGGUUGUUUGGUGAGCAGGUGGCAGAGGAGGUGGAGGGGAUGGGGAUGGCCAGUCACGGUGGGUGUGUGGCGUGGGCGAAUACGGGCUUUUAUAUCGAUCAUGCGGAAGUGCGCGAGGUGUUGAGGAGGCUCGAGGCGGAGGGCAAGAAGUGGCGGUUGGGUGACUUGCCGGUGGGAUGUGAAUUUGUGUUGGUGGUGGAGAGAAAGUGA